AUGUGGGACAUUGAAGAAGACUGGAGUGAGGAUGAGUCCUUUGGUUUUGCUGGUAAGCCAGAACCUAAGCGGAAGAAGUUGAAUGGCCCAGUAGAGAGUGAGAAACUGCAUGAAGCUCCACAGUACAGACUGAAUAGCGAAAGUAUGGGAAUAGAUGAAAACUCUUCGCUUAAUUACUGCGAGGCUUCCCUAUCCAAGGCUCUGGAGAGCCUAGACAAGAAACUGAACAACUCUAGAGCUAAAAAAGGAAAAAAUGCGGAUAAAAGUAUAGAUAUGAGCAUAGAUCUGUGUGUGGUAUCUCAAGAGGAAGGAGAAGCCUGGAGUUUUCAGGAAGGCAUUGAAGAGUUGGGUUCCUCAAGGCUUGAGUUCAUAAAUUGUGAAUUGAGCUUUGAGCAGGAUUACGAUAUAUUUGGGCUGAACUCAAUAAACACAUUACAGAAAAAUAAACAAAUUACCAGGUCAAACAAGCUUUUUGAAAGUGUCUCCUCUAUGGAGAAGUUACACAAGGGGAUAAUUCGAUUUUCUGGAGUGUCUGACCCAUCCAAAACCUUCUUUGUUGAAACUUGGGAAAGGGAAGACACUUUAGAUUUGCUCAAAAAACUACGUUCCAGACAAGACAAGUCUUUGGGAAGAACUCGAGGGACAAGAUUAGGCCCUGAUAUUACAGAGCCAGAGCUUGAGGCUGAGUUUAUGACCAACUAUGGGCCUGAGUCUAAGCCUGGACCUAAUCUAAAUCCUGAUCUUGAUUCCAAUGAAAUCGAAAGGACAUAUACCAAUAGACCAAUUCUAACAACAAAGUAUGUGCCAAAGUCCUGUUUGGAUCUGAUAAACGAUGAGGGUUCAAUUAGAAGCAUUUUGAAGUGGAUAAAAAGCUGGGAAGGCUAUGUCUUCAAAUCUUCUUUAAGCUCUAAAAAAUCUUCUGAAGCCCCAGAAGUCCCAAUUCUACUGAUUGGAGGUCCUUCUGGGAGUGGAAAAACAAGUAUGGUCAAGAUCUUAGCCAAACAAUGUGGAUACGAAGUGAAUGAAAUUAAAGUUUCUGAUGAAAAGACUAUGGAGAGUUUUGAGAACUCCAUAAAAAUGAGAAUUAAUUUUGGGACAAUUGGAGGGACCAGUAAGCCAACUUUAAUCAUGAUAGAUGAGUUAGACAGUCUCUCAAACGGUGGAAAUGUAAGAAAAUAUGAUUGCUUCAGUUUCCUAGUUAAACUUUCAGAGACUCACUCCAAAAACCGUGAGACAGUUAGUAGGCCAAUAAUAUGUAUAUGUAACGACAUCCACGAGAAAUCCCUAAGGUCUUUAAGAGCAAAAUCCUUAAAUAUUGUGGUUCCGUCCCCACCAAAAGAGAAGAUAUUUAAAAGACUCAGCUAUGUUUGUAGGAACGAAGGACUAAAGUUAGAGGACGAUGAAAUCCUAAAUGAACUCAUUAAGGUCCACAAUUGUGACAUUAGAUCAUGUUUGAAUUCAAUAUAUCUCAUGAGCCAAAAGGAUAUUAGAAGAAAAGAUGAUCAUGACGAUGAAAAAGGUAAGAAAAGAGUGCAAGUUCCAAUAUAUUGGGAAGAUUUUGAAGGUUGUUGUUAUACCAAAGAUUUGGACCAAGAUAUCUCAGGCUUUGUUAAGACUUGCUUUGGAUUGGAAAUUGGAAUCAAGAAGGACGAAAUCUUUGAAUAUGUCCUGGAGUAUGGAGAAGAGUGUCUAAUAAAUUUCGGGUUAAAUCUGGCAGGUCUACUAACUGAAAACAUUUACCGGUGUAACUUAAUGAGUGACUUCUACUACGAUUACUUAAAGCUUAUUUUGGAUUCAAUCGUCGAACACAAUAUUCUUUCCUUGAGGAUCAAUUCACUACUUCCCUUCUUAAGCUCAGCAAUUUUUGUUUCUAGAAAGAUCAUGGGAAUUCACUGUAACCAAUUCAGAUACCUAGGUUCUUCAACCUUUGCUUUUUCUCAAGGCAUUUCAAACUCAAUUAACAGUAUUUACAGGGACAUUUCCUCUUCAACUCUGGAUAUUCUGAAAGUAGAGACCAUGACAAAUUCCUUUAAAGUAUACACUUUGCCCUCUAUGUUAACUCAUUUCAAUGGAAUUGGCUUCCUCAAGUAUUUGAAUCAGUGGAAAUCCACACAAAUUUUUCCGAAAUUUAAAUGUCUCAUUGAGUCUCAGACUGGAUCUCUCAGUUCUGAAGAAUUGGAGUCACUCUAUGUUCUGCAGAACCUUGUCUCAAAGAUGGUUUGCUUUGGGUUCAGGUUUGAAGACCAAACCCGUAGUUUGUUCGGGAAAAACAAUGAUAACGGUUCUACCUCACAUUUCCUUAAACCAAACAUUGAGUCACUCUACUCCUUCCAGUGUCUAAUGAACUCAAUAGAAUCUGGGUACGUCAGAAACCCCUCUGUCUUACCACCAAAUCAUGGUAAAUACAUAUAUGAUAUUGGGUUUUACACCUUAGUUAACCAGUUAGUGGAUUUUUUCAAGGAUAACAUUUCCAAACAAAUCAUCCCAGGUAUCCACUACUACAACCUCAAUUCUUCCCAGAAAAGAAAUGUCCAAAUAAACGAAAAAACUAGGUUACUUGAAAAACAAGUACCGGUUGACAUUUUUGUCUCUGUUCCAAGUUUCCAGGACCUAAUUAUGAAACUCAGGGCUAAAACAAAAACAACCCAAGAAUCUAAGAAGCCAAACUCAUUUUGCAUUUACAGGUACAACGAUGGCUGCACUGACGCAGUCAAGAUGAAUGUUCAAGUUUCUGACUUUUUCUCUUAA